AUGGGUCUGAUAUAUCAAAAUACAGGCGAGUAUUCGAAAGCACUUUUAUCUCAUGAAAAAGCCCUGGAAAUACAACUACAAUCACUUCCUUCAAACCAUCCUGAUUUAGCUGCUUCCCACUAUAAUAUCGGUUUGAUAUAUGACAACAACGGCGAGUAUUCAAAAGCACUUUCGUACUACGAAAAAGCACUUACAAUUCGGCAAAGUACACUUCCUUCGAAUCAUCCUGAUUUAGCUGCUUGUUUCAACAAUAUCGGUCUGGUAUAUAAGAACAUGGGCGAGUAUUCAAAAGCACUUUUGUACUGCGAAAAAGCACUUGCAAUUCGGCAAAAUACACUUCCUUCGAAUCAUCCUGAUUUAGCUGCUUGCUACAACAAUAUCGGUCUAGUGUAUAAGAGUGUGGGCCAGUAUUCAAAAGCACUUUCAUUUCACGAAAAAGCUCUUAAAAUAAAAGAGCAGUUACUUCCUUCCAACCAUCCCAAUUUAGCUGCACUUUAUGGCAAUAUAGGUGAGCUAUGCAUGAGAAUUGGCGAAUAUGCAAAAGCACUUUCAUCUCUUGAAAAAGCACUUGAAAUUCGACAGAAAACUCUUCCUCCGGAUCAUCCUGAUUUGGCUACAUCCUAUAAUAACGUUGGUAACAUGUACUUUGGCAUGGGCGAGUACUCAAAAGCACUUUCUUAUCAAGAAAGAUCACUUGAAAUCUUGAAAAACACUCUUCCGCCGGAACAUCCUACUUUAAGAGACAUCUACAGAAACAUUGCUCUUAUGCGUACACUGUCGCAUAGAUGA